AUGCGUAUCGUCCGGACCGUGGGACAGGCCUUUGAGGUGUGCCACAAGCUGAGCCUCCAGCACGCCCAGCACGCCCAGCACGCCCAGCCCAACGGAGAGGCACUGGAGCCGGCCAGCGACACUCCAGCCAUGGUGUGGGGGGAGUGGGGGAUGAGGGGGGUCAGUGUGGGGGGAGUGGGGGAUGAGGGGGGUCAGUGUGGGGGGGAGUGGGGGAUGAGGGGGGUCAGUGUGGGGGGAGUGGGGGAUGAGGGGGGUCAGUGUGGGGGGAGUGGGGGAUGA